GAGGAGACGGCGGCAGCCAGGCUUGCGUUAGGGCGGGGUUUUACGUGGAGGGAGGUCCCGGGGGCGGUAGUGCGCUCUCCAACUUGACCUGUUGUUACCUGUAGGAAAACGAUCUAGGUAGGACUACUCUGCCGGGUUCCGCCAGACUGGGCGGGCUCAGCUCCCCAGGGGAGCAGCUCCUCUGUAGCUUCCACUUCACUCCCGGGUCAGGGUGCUCGAGACUGACGCGCUCCCGGGACCACUGACUCAGCCUCCCUAGGACCCGGGGGCGGAGACACGGGGCUAGAGCUCGGCCUUGCGGAGCUCUGUUGGUUCCCACCCUCCCAGCCUCCUCCCCGUCCCCCAGGGGACUGAGCUAAACUUGGGAAAGUAUCUUCCCAUCCGCUCUCCUGUUGCUGCAGCUGAGGGCUGGGAGGCAAGAGAGAACAAGUCCACAGGAAAGGAGGUUUUUGUAUUGUGAAGAUGUUUUCUUCCAGUGAUUAUGGAACCACCUCCUGGGAGCUUAUUAUCCGUCUUGAUCACCAAUAUGAAAAAGAACAAAAUAUGGAAGAACAAAAAGUAUUCACCCUUAGAGUAUCUGGAGACUUACAUAUUGGAGGAGUCAUGCUCAAGCUAGUAGAGCAAAUCAAUAUAGCUCAAGAUUGGUCAGAUUAUGCUCUUUGGUGGGAACAGAAACAUUGCUGGCUUCUAAAAACCCACUGGACUCUGGACAAAUAUGGUGUCCAGGCAGAUGCAAGGCUGCUUUUCACACCUCAGCAUAAAAUGUUACGCCUUCGUUUGCCAAACAUGAAAACCGUGAGGCUAAAAGUCAGCUUCUCAUCUGUUGUCUUUAAAGCUGUUAGUGACAUCUGCAAAACCCUUAACAUUAGAAGAUCAGAAGAGCUCUCUUUGUUAAAACCAUCAGAUGAUUAUUUUAAAAAGAAAAAGAAAAAAGAAAAGAAUAAUAGAGAACCUUUAAUUGAAGACAUUCUAAAUUUAGACAACUCUAUAACCAGUUCAGGCUCUCCAGCAAGCCCUGGCUUAUACAGCAAAACAGUGACUCCUAUAUAUGAUCCUGUCAAUGGAACGCCUGUUUCUUCUACCAUUACGUGGUUCAGUGAUAGUCCUCUGACAGGACAGAACUGUAAUAUCCUUGCUUUCAGCCAGCCCAGCUGUUCCCCAGAAACACUUGCUGAAAUGUUCCAGCCUCGGUCUCUAAUCGAUAAAGCCAAACUUAAUGCAGGUUGGCUAGACUCAUCCCGAUCCCUUAUGGAACAAGGCAUUCAGGAAGACGAGAAACUAUUAUUACGCUUUAAAUACUACACAUUCUUUGACUUGAAUCCAAAAUAUGAUGCCAUUAGAAUAAACCAACUUUAUGAACAAGCCAGGUGGUCCAUUCUCUUAGAAGAAAUUGACUGCACUGAGGAGGAGAUGCUGAUCUUUGCUGCUUUACAGUAUCAUAUAAGCAAAUUGUCAUUGUCGGCAGAAACUCUGGAUUUCACAAAUGAAUCUGAAGUUGAUGAAGUUGAAGCUGCCCUGUCUAAUCUGGAAGUCACAUUAGAAGGAGGAAAAGCAGAAAAUAUUUUGGAGGACAUUACAGACAUACCGAAGCUUGCGGAUUAUCUCAGAUUAUUUAGGGCCAAAAAAUUAACAUUAAAAACUUUCAAACUAUAUUGGUUUGUCUUUAAAGACACUUCAAUAGCCUACUUUAAAAAUAAGGACCUUGAACAAGGGGAACCAGUUGAGAGACUACAUCUUAGAGGCUGUGAAGUUGUACCAGAUGUAAACGUAUCAGGGAGAAAGUUUGGAAUCAAGUUGCUAAUCCCUGUUGCUGAUGGUAUGAAUGAAGUAUAUUUGAGGUGUGACAAUGAGAAUCAGUAUGCCAGAUGGAUGGCUGCCUGUAUUUUAGCCUCAAAGGGCAAAACUAUGGCAGAUAGCUCCUACUGGCCUGAAGUGAACAACAUUCUUUCAUUUCUGAAGAUGAAAAACAGAAAUACAAGUUCACAGGCACCUUCUGACCCUGAAUGCAUGGAUAUGAAACCAGAAUGUUUUGUAUCACCUCGGUGUGCCAAAAAACACAAGCCUAAACAGUUGGCAGCUCGAAUUCUGGAAGCCCACCAGAAUGUGGCGCAAAUGUCUCUAGUUGAUGCUAAGCUCCGUUUUAUCCAAGCAUGGCAGUCCUUACCAGAAUUUGGGCUCACAUACUACAUUGUAAGGUUUAAAGGAAGCAAGAAAGAUGAUCUUCUUGGAGUCUCAUAUAAUAGAUUAAUUAGGAUAGAUAUGGCAACAGGGGAUCCAAUUACAACAUGGAGAUUUGCAAAUAUGAAACAAUGGAAUGUAAACUGGGAAAUCCGCAAGGUUACCAUAGAGUUUGAUCAAAAUGUGUCUAUUGCUUUCACCUGCCUAAGUGCAGAUUGCAAGAUCGUACAUGAAUAUAUCGGUGGCUAUAUCUUCUUAUCUACUCGCUCAAAAGACCAAAAUGAAACACUUGAUGAAGAUCUCUUCCACAAAUUAACAGGCGGUCAGGAGUGACUUGAUUGCUCUUUGCAACAGGACAACCACAUCUUUGUUUUGGGGGCACUUGGGGUUUUUUUUAUCCUUUGAUCCUUCCUGACAGAAUAAUAUAACAAAUACAGUGUAGAUACUAGAAUAUUUCCCAUGUUAAGUCUCUAGCGACAUCUCUCCCUCCCUCUUUUGUUACUGGUCAAUUGAAUCUACAUCUUGUUUGAAACAAGCCCAAGCACAUUCCCUUCUUCCAUGAAGCAUUUUCUAAGGUGGGAUUCCUUGAACCUGAACGUUAUGGCCUAACAUUUGAUUUCAGCACUAAGGUAGACAAAGAAGAUAGAUGAAGUAAAGCAAUUUUUAUACAGAUUGAAAAGCAAAUGCUUUGGUAUCAUUCCAGAGAAGAUCCUAUCAAGGCUUUUGUCUGACCCAGAAGCAUAAAACUUACCUACAAAUUUUAAGAGCUAUGUUUUUAUUUUUUGAAGCCAGAAAAUGAGAAGAAAACGUAAAACUUAAAAGUAAUACACAAUCAGAAUCUUUCGUGCCUAUUUUUCCCUGACUCCAGACCUGGAUGAGGCAAACCUGGAAACAUCUUUCACCCUCAAGUUUUAAGGACUUCAAGGUCUAACUUGAUAUUUGGGCCCUAAGACCAUAUGGUACAUGUAGUACCAAAUAUAUUUGAAACAUUUCUUUUGAUACAGACUGAUAAUUUGACCCUAAUCCUGGCACUAUCAAACUUGGUCACUAUCAUUUAUAUAUCAA